AAGCCGUUGACUGAGCUAGUGGAUCUUUUAGGUGAGCUAGGGGCUAUUGGUUUGGCUAGGAUAGUUGUUGGGAGAGCAAAAGGAUUUGUUGGCCGAGCUAGCAAAGCUAGUAAAAUUGAGCUAACGACUCCACCAAUUGGAUUUCUUACCAUUAGUUGGUCUGAAAGAGUUUUAGUAUUGCUAGAAGUGAACUCCUAUCUCCCUUAUUAA